UCACGGACUAGGUGCUAGCCAGUUUUCUGUGACGUGCUCGUGGUGUUACUGGUUAUAUCGAUAGAAAAACCGCACGUCGCUUCUUUAAAAAAAAUUACUAAAAGCUAGGGCCAUUUUUCUAGUUAAAUAUCAUUACACAUUCCGUUGUCUGCUCAUUCUCAUUAUUAUAAGUCGUCCGUCAAGAUCUACGUUAUUUGUUAUAUUAAGUCGAUAGUGUACGUUAGUUGAACACAGCAGAUUUUUCGGGAAUUGGCGUUGUUUGUCAGGAUUAUAUCUACGUGUAAGCCUACAGUCCACUACGCUUCCACGUUCGAUAAAUUCUGCAAAAAUAAAGAGUGUAUAAAGAAGAAUUGCAUUCAGUAUUUAUCACAAUGCCAGCUCAAUUUGAAAGUACAAACACACCCAUUGUGAGAGAACCGACUAUAAUGAAUGGCAAUACCAACGCAUACAAUCUCAACGACGAGAUUGUCAUCAGCGGUUUUUCGGGUCGUUUCCCGGAAUCCGCAAACAUUGAAGAAUUUAGGAAAAAUUUAUUUGAAGGCAUCGAUAUGAUCACAGAUGAUGAUCGUCGUUGGCCUACCGGUCUUUAUGGUUUACCGGAGAGAUCUGGUAAACUGAAGGAUCUCAAAUCAUUCGACGCCACCUUCUUCGGGGUUCAUGCGAAGCAGGCUCAUGUAAUGGAUCCACAGUUGCGUAUGCUGUUGGAAGCAACUUACGAGGCAAUUGUAGAUGCUGGUAUCAAUCCGAACGAUAUUAAGGGAUCCAAGACUGGUGUGUUCAUUGGUGUUUCAUCGUCAGAAUCAGAUGAAUUUUGGACCAUUGAUUCGGAAAAAAUUAACGGAUACGCAUUAACUGGCUGCUGCAGGGCUAUGUUUCCAAACAGAAUUUCAUAUACGUUCGAUUUUAACGGUCCUAGUUAUGCAGUAGACACAGCGUGUUCUUCGUCUCUUUACGCCAUGCAUCACGCAAUUCGUUCAAUUCGCGUAGGGGAAUGUGAUGCAGCUAUCGUCGGUGGUUGCAACCUUCUCCUAAAGCCUCAGAUGUCUCUUCAGUUUCAUCGAUUAGGCAUGUUGUCUCAGGAUGGUGCGUGUAGAGCAUUUGAUGCCGAUGGCAAAGGAUAUGUCAGAUCAGAGGCUGUGUCGGUUAUCUUUCUGCAAAAAGCAAAGGAUGCGCGAAGAGUAUACGCCACUGUUUUACAUUCCAAGACUAACGUCGACGGUAACAAAAGUCAAGGAAUUACCUUCCCUAGUGGAGACAUGCAGAACAAGUUAAUGCGUGAAGUUUACGCGGAAGUAGGUAUCAAUCCCGCAGACGUUGCUUACGUGGAAGCUCACGGAACAGGGACCAAGGUGGGAGAUCCACAAGAAAUCAAUUCUAUCGCAAAUCUAUUCUGCAAAGGUAGAAAAGGUCCUCUGCUACUUGGUUCCGUCAAAUCUAACAUGGGACACGCAGAAGCAGCCAGUGGGGUAUGCUCUAUGGCAAAAUUGUUGAUCGCUAUGGAAUCCGGUAUAAUCCCAGGUAAUCUGCAUUUCAAGAGUCCGAAUAAAGACAUACCAGCAUUGAGCGACGGAAGUGUGCAAGUCGUUGAUAAGAACAUGCCGUGGAAAGGUGGACUCGUGGCCCUGAAUUCGUUCGGUUUUGGCGGUGCCAACGCUCAUAUACUUCUUCGUAGCAAUCCUAAACCAAAGUUAUCGCCAAUUCUAGACAAUAAAAUACCCAAAUUGAUCACUGUAUCUGGUCGUACUGAAGAGGCUGUGAAGUUACUUUUAGACAAAGCGGGAGAACAUGAAAAAGACGAUGAAUUCAUUGCUUUGCUUCAUGAUAUUCAUGCGAAUAACAUAGCUGGUCAUCUUCAUCGGGGAUAUUCUAUUAUUGGAGACGUUAAGAUCGAAGAAAUUAGUCCAUACGUUAAUGACAAUCGUCCAAUUUGGUUUGUAUUCUCUGGCAUGGGAUCUCAAUGGCCCGGAAUGGGUAGAGAUUUGCUCUCUAUCGACGUAUUUCAGAGGAGUUUACGAAGAAGUGCUGAUGCUUUGAAACCUGAAGGAGUCGAUUUAAUGAAUCUUAUUCAAAAUGGAACGGCCGAGACCUUUGAUGAAAAUGUUGUGUACUCGUUUGUGUCAAUUGCAGCCAUUCAAGUUGCACUUGUAGAUGUAUUAACACAUCUGGGUAUUCAACCUGAUGGUAUUAUUGGACAUUCCGUCGGCGAAUUAGGCUGUGCCUAUGCAGAUGGCACCUUUACUCCAGAACAAACGGUUCUGGCUGCAUAUUGGAGAGGGAGGACAAUCAUGGACUCAAAAUUGGAGCCAGGCGCAAUGGCUGCUAUAGGAUUAAGCUGGGAAGAAACAGCAGCUCGAUGCCCACCAGACAUAAUACCAGCCUGCAAUAAUUCAGCAGACUCUGUGACAAUUUCUGGACCAGUCGAAUCUAUCAAGAAAUUCACUGAUGAUUUACAAAAGGAUAACAUCUUCGCAAAAGUGGUAAACAGUUCUGGUGUCGCUUUCCAUAGUAAAUAUAUAGCCCCAGUAGGUCAAAAGCUUCGUGUCAUGUUAGAGAAGAUUAUCUCAAAUCCCAAACAAAGAUCUUCCAGAUGGAUUUCUACAUCGCUUCCCGAAUCAGCUUGGGGCACUCCAUUGGCACAACUUAGCAGUGCUGCUUAUCACGUGAAUAACCUGUUGUCGCCUGUAUUAUUUAACCAAGGAUUAUCUCAUAUCCCAGAUAACGCGAUAGUUAUUGAAAUUGCACCACAUUGUCUGUUACAAGCAAUCUUGCGUAGAUCAUUGCCGCCGACUGUGACCAAUAUUAGCCUACACAAACGAGGUCAUACAAACAAUCUGAACUUCCUAUUGGAAAAUGUAGGAAAAUUAUACUUGGCAGGAGGACAGCCCAAAGUAUCUAAGUUGUAUUCACCAGUUAAAUAUCCAGUUGGUCGUGGUACACCAAUGAUCAAUAACUUGGUUGGAUGGGACCAUUCUGUGGAAUGGAAAGUUGCCAGUUUUGGAGGAAAAUCUAAAUCCUUUGGUGAAAAUGUAGUGGAGGUAAAUCUGGCCAAAGAAACGGAUGCUUAUUUAGUUGGCCAUUGUAUCGAUGAAAGAGUACUUUUCCCUGCAACUGGUUACCUAAUAAUUACUUGGAAAACCUACGCGAAACUACAUGGGACGGACUACGAGAAAUUGCCGGUUACAUUUGAGAAUGUAAAAUUCGAAAGAGCUACCAUUAUGCCGAAGGAAGGCAAUAUAAAGUUUUUGAUCAACAUAUUCAUGGGCACUGGAGAGUUCGAGAUUUGUGAGAGUGGAUCCGUUGUUGUAACUGGAACAAUUUCUGUACCGGAAAAUGUUGAGAAAAUGUUAUUAAAUGUACCUGUACCAAUUGUGAAAAAUGAAGGUGAAGUAGUGGAAUUAAAUCCCACUGACAUUUACAAGGAACUCAGACUGCGAGGAUACAAUUAUACAGGAAUCUUCCAGGGAAUUAAAUCAGUCCACAAUGGUGGAGUCUCUGGUAGACUUCUCUGGUCGAACGACUGGAUUUCGUUCAUUGAUACUAUGCUUCAAUUCACCAUUCUUGGAAAAGAUUCUAGAGGAUUGUACGUGCCAGUUCGCUUGCAAUAUGCUGCCAUAAACCCUAUUGUUCAUUUAGAUUUCGUUAAAAAUUAUAAGGAAGAUGAGGGUGUUCCAGUGUACAAUUAUCCAAAUAUUGAUAUUAUUAAAUCAGGAGGUGUUGAGAUUAGAAAGAUGAAAGCCUCUUUGAUUGCAAAGAAAGAACAGUUCCGAUCUCCUAGACUUGAGAGAUACUUGUUCAUGCCUUAUCAAAAUUCUCAACCAUUAGUACAAGAUCCAGAGAAGGCUAAAAUUCAUGCCCUUAAUGUACUACUACUAACGGUUUUCGAAAAUAUAUAUGGAAUCAAGAUCAAAAUUGUCGAAGCGUCUGGAAAUCGUCCUGUGGAUUCUCUACUCUUGCCUCACAUACAGACAUGGUGUUAUGAACAACCUUUGAUAAAUGGGGAUUUACAACUAGCUGCAAUUUUGCGUAAGCACUACGCCAACUUAGGGCGAGAUAUAAAAGUUGUAAAACUCAACGAAGAAAGAGAACCAAUUGGCCGAGAUUUACAUCUCGUAAUAGCUAGCAACGUAUUGUCUAGAAAUUUGUCACAUGUAUUGAAAAAUUUAAAGGACAGUGUAAUAGAUGGAGGGUUUAUACUUUUGGAAGAAACGGACCAAUCUGACGUUAAUUUGACAGACCCAGAUUUAGCGUAUGUAGCCAAGCAGAUCGUUUCUGGAAAAUCUUAUUUUUUACUCAAAAAGAAGAAAGUAAGACCGGAUCCUAUUGUUAUACAACUGACGGAAAAGAAUUAUAUGUGGGUAGAAGGUGUCAAAGCAGCCUUGAAAAAAGUCGUAGCUGAGAAUCAGAGACCCUUGUUCGUCUGUCAGGGUGAAGAAUUGUUUGGUAUGGUUGGACUUAUGAAUUGCAUCCUUCUCGAAGAAGGUGGUGCAGAAGCGUCUUACGUUUUCAUUCAAGAUAAGAACAUGCCCAAAUUUAGCUUAAGUAAUAAAUUUUAUGCUGGACAACUGGACAAACAGUUGGUCGCUAACGUUCUACGAGGAGGUCAAUGGGGAUCCUACAAACAUAUUGAAUUAGAUCAGCAAAAUAGAGAAUCUCUUCAAGUUGAACACGCUUACAUUAACGCUUUGAACAGAGGUGAUCUGAGCAGUUUAAGAUGGAUUGAAAGCCCAUUGAGCUAUUAUCAGCCAGAAAAAUUCCCAAACACAGAGUUGUGCUCUGUAUACUAUGCGCCAUUAAACUUCAGAGAUAUCAUGUUGGCGACUGGAAAGCUGCCACCAGACGCUCUUCCCGGAAAUUUAGCUACGCAAGAUUGUAUACUAGGUCUUGAAUUUUCUGGACGUGACUCCAAGGGUCAACGAAUUAUGGCUAUGGUGCCAGCACGUGGUUUGGCGACUACUGUUGUGGCUGAUCCUGGUUUCAUGUGGAAAGUACCUGACAAUUGGUCUUUAGAAGAAGCAGCGACCGUUCCAGUUGCUUAUGCUACCAGUUAUUAUGCUCUCUGCGUUCGAGGUCGUAUGAAGCCCGGUGAAAGUGUCCUGAUUCACGCUGGUAGUGGAGGCGUCGGGCAAGCGAGUAUAUCCAUAGCCCUGCACGCAGGAUGCAAAGUAUUCACCACUGUCGGAACGCAAGAAAAGCGAGACUUCUUGAAGAGAAUGUUCCCAGUAUUGACUGACAGGAAUAUCGGCAAUUCUCGAGACACUAGCUUCGAACAGCUGAUACUUAAUGAAACUAACGGACAUGGCGUAGACAUAGUGCUUAACUCGCUAGCCGAAGAGAAACUACAAGCUAGCGUCAGAUGUCUCGCUCAAGGUGGUCGUUUUCUCGAAAUUGGAAAGUACGAUUUGUCAAAAGAUUCGCCACUAGGAAUGUCCGUGUUCUUGAAGAACGCGUCUUUCCAUGGAAUACUUUUGGACGCCAUCAGUGAAGUUGAUGGGCCAGAGAGACAAGAAGUUGUAAGACUCGUCAGUGAAGGAAUAAAGAGCGGUGCUGUUCGUCCACUUCCUUCCACGAUCUUUUCGGAACAUCAGAUUGAACAAUCGUUCAGAUAUAUGGCUACUGGUAAACAUAUUGGUAAAGUUCUGUUGAAGAUUCGAGAGGAGGAAACGAAGAAAGUUGUACAACCAGCAUCGAAGGUUGUUUCCGCUAUUCCACGAACAUACUUUAAUCCUGAAAAAUCAUACAUAUUAGUUGGUGGUCUCGGUGGAUUUGGUUUAGAACUCGCAUACUGGAUGGUCUUACGUGGUGCAAAAUACAUAGUCCUAACAUCGAGAUCCAAAGUACGUACUGGCUUCCAGGCGUUGUGCAUUCGUCGCUGGCGCAAUAUGGGUGCACAGAUAAAGGUUUCGACACUAGAUAUAACAACAUUGAACGGAGCGAAACAACUUAUACGAGAAAGUAAUCAAUUGGCACCAGUUGGUGGUAUAUUCAAUUUGGCAGCUGUUUUGCGAGACGGUCUGAUUGAAAAUCUGACCGAAUCUGACUUCGUAAUAUCAGCGUCGCCUAAGAUUGUCGGAACCAAGAAUCUGGAUAUAGUAUCGCGCGAAUGUUCCUCGUUAGAUUACUUUGUUGUGUUCUCGUCCAUUACAAGCGGAAGAGGUAACUUAGGCCAAACUAAUUAUGGUCUUUCAAAUUCUGCUAUGGAAAGAAUAAUAGAACAAAGACAAGCAGUUGGUUUACCUGGUCUUGCUAUUCAAUGGGGAGCCAUUGGUGAUGUCGGUAUAAUUUUAGAAAAAAUGGGUGCUUUUAACGAUACUGAGAUUGGUGGUACUUUGCCGCAGCGUAUACAAAAUUGUCUCGAUACGAUGGAUAUAUUCCUUCAACAGCCACAUCCGAUUCUAUCCUCAUUUGUUCUGGGAAAUAAAAAUAACUCUGCAGAAAAUGCAAACAAAAUUAGUGUUGUUCAAGCAGUGGCUAAUAUCUUGGGCAUUAAAGCAUUAGAAUCGGUUAAUGGUAAUAUUACUUUAGCUGAUCUGGGAAUGGACUCUUUGAUGGGAACAGAAAUUAAACAAACCCUCGAGAGGAACUAUGAUGUAGUGUUAUCUGCUCUUGAAAUUCGUAAUUUAACAUUCGACAAAUUAGGAAAAUUAGACAACUCUACAGAAGAAGCAAAAGAUGAUUCUAAUGAUGACGAAACUGAGGAAGUAAUGAUGCAGGACGAUGGUGGUCUACUCUUAUUUGAAGAUACGGAGAUCGUACCUGUUGAGGUUGUUGUCUCAUUGAAGACAAUGAAUUCGAGCGGACAGCCAUUGUUUUUCAUUCCCGCUAUUGAAGGAGUUAUUGCACCAUUCAAAACUUUGGCUGGUGAAUUAAACCGACCUGCUUGGAGUUUCCAAUGUGUAGAAGAUAGUCCGUUAGAAUCUGUAUCGACGUUAGCUAAUUUCUAUGUGAGGAAAAUGCAGAAGAUCCAAAAUCAAGGACCAUAUAACAUAGUAGGAUAUUCCUUCGGAGCUUGUAUCGGAUUUGAAAUGGCUGUUCAAUUAGAGAAAGCUGGGCAUAAGACGAACUUAACUCUCAUUGACGGUUCGCCGGAUUUCUUGAAGUUACAUUCUCUGGAAAUUGGAAAGCAUGCUACUGAAGAUACUUCAGAAGUGAUUGCGGACGGUUUACGAAAAGCUUUAUCGUACUUUGUCAGACAAUUCAAUAAGAAGAUUACUUUCCUUCAGGCAUACGAAAUAUUGAAACAGUUAUCCACUACUGACGAGGUACUAAACAAAGUGGUAGAAAUAAUAAACGAACCUAAUAUAAAAUCUGAAGACUUAAAAAUUGCUGGUCUACUGUUUUACAAGAAAUUGAAAGUGUCCUUCUUCUAUGAACCAGAGAAAUAUAAUGGAAAUAUUCUAUUACUUAGAGCUCAAGAUAGCUUUGUUCCUCUACAUAAUGACUAUGGUUUAUCAAAGAUUUGCAAUAAUGUGGAAGUUAAAGAGAUACCCGGAAAUCAUAGGAGCAUUUUAGUAGGAAAGAACGCAUCACAAGUUGCAAAUAUUUUAAGAUUGUAAAAAAUAUGUCUCAACUUAUAAAAUUAUUUGAGAAUUUUCUAUUAAUAUCAUUACUUAAAUGUACAUAAAUGUUGCAUAGAUAUAUUUCGAAGAACUCUCAAUGUACAUUGAUAUUGAUGAAGAUCAUGAAAACUUAAUGUUUAAUAUUUAAUGAUUCUUAUAUAUUUUUCUGUGAAAUUUCUUUUGUACAAAUAUUUCUUUGUUAGGUCUCUAUAUGCAUUGUUUAUAUCAUUUGUAUUAUUAAGUUAUACAGUCAGUUUCUCUACUUUCUAAUCGUAAAUAUCUUGAGUUGUGGAAUGAAAAAUAGGUAUCAAGAUAAAAGAAUGAUUUUGUUUUUUUAAAUUAUGCACAUAUAUAAAUUAUGUAUUAUAUGUUCACAAUACACGUUCAGAAACACUUAUAUAUACUAUAGGUUUUUGUAAUGGUUUUAUAGUGGACAAUUAUCAUUACUUAAACAUAUAGUGUUCAUAUAUAUAUAUAUAUAUAUAUAUAUAUACACUUACACAGUUUAUUAAAUUUUACACAAUGUCAAUAUUAUUUCAAAUUUAAAUUUUUUAAACAUUUACUUUUUUUCUAACAAAUAGAAAAAAUGUACAAAAAACAUUUAACAAAGAUAAUGAUUAACAACUGUUAUACAUUUUUUCCACUCUUACACUUUUGAAUAGUGUAUAUGAUAAAUGUAAUAAAAUAGAAACAUUCCAGUGAUAAAGUUCAAUACAUAUAUAUCCUAUAUAUAUUUAUACACAUUCACAAUAUAUUGCACAUAACAUACUUAAUGCUUUGUCAAAAGCAACUAUUUAUACUAUAUUUUUUCAUUAGCAAUAAUUAUGUACAUGUUCAUAAUUAUCUUAAUUGUCAUCAAACGCAUACAUUACGCAUUUGUCAUAUGUUCUUGUAUCAUGUCAAUAAGUAAAUAAAAAACAAAUAUUAAAAAAAUAAA